AUGAUCCAAGAAAUUAAUUUAAAUUUUACGUUUUUUUUUUUGAAUGAGUUUAGAGAUGUGUGGAUCCUCAAAGGAAUGUACCCAGGAAUCAAGCCUGAUUCAGUAGUUGGUGCCGAUGGUGUUGGAGUGAUUACUACCAAUGGUAUUGAAGAACGAGUACUGCUAAAUUCUGGCCGAGGAUGGGAUUCUGACGAAAGAGGCCCAGAAGGAAAAUUCGGUAUCAUUGGCCUUUUACCAUACAUCGGAACUUUGGCAGAAGCAGCUGUAGUGAAUAAGAAUGACUUGGUUAAGUGCCCUGCUCAUCUUACUACAGCAGAAGCAGCCUCUGUUCCAUUAGCUGGUUUGACUGCCUAUAGGGCUGUAUUCACAAAGGGACAAGUAAGAGCUGGAGAUCAUGUACUAGUCACCGGUAUUGGCGGAGGUGUUGCUUUGUUUGCCCUCCAGUUUGCAGUAGCUGCAGGUGCUACUGUCUAUGUCACAUCUUCCAGCCAGGACAAGAUUAACCGUGCUAUCAAAUUAGGUGCUAAAGGAGGCAUCAAUUACAAAGACGAGAAAUGCAUAGACAAGUUAAAAGAAUUACUGGGAUCCAACCUACUCUCGGCUGUCAUUGACGGCGCAGGUGGUAGCAUGUAUGGCCAAUACCCAAAAGUUAUGCGUACAGGCGGAAUUAUUUCCAACUAUGGUCAAACCGUCAGUGGCAAAGGCGUAAGCUUCUCCAUGAUGCACGUCCUCAAGAACAUUGACAUUCGUGGCUCCACACUCGGAUCUCGCAAGGAGUUUAGAGAGAUGGUUGAUUUCAUAGAUAAACACAAGAUCAAGCCAGUCGUUUCGUUUGUUUGGCAUGGUCUUUCAAUGGCUUCCAUGGACAGUGCAAUUGAAGUUAUGCGACGCGGUGACCAGUUUGGUAAACUGGUUAUUGAGUUUGACUCCCAGAACCGUAUCCAGAAGUUGUAA